GCUCAAUUUGAACUUGGCUGAAUUAACUAUGAUGGUGACAGCAGAUUCUUCAUCAGUAUAUCCUUCAUGUAGUCUGGGAGAACCCAGACAAACCUGUUUUAGAUUGAGAUUUCUUCCAUGAUCUUCCAUCGUUGUGAAAUUGGAAUGAAAUUAGACAAUCCCCUGACAUUCACCACAAAGCUAGAUCAUAGCCUACAUCAUUAAAUUAUAAAUAAUCUACUCUAUAAUUGAGUUAUCUGGUUUUAUAGUUUAUUUUAGUAUUUUUAAAAGAAAGUACUUCUGUACUACAACUUAAUACCUAUUUUGCAUUUAUAAUUUUGAGAAGGUAGGCCUUUAAAGUAGCCUAGUUUAGGUUACUGUUACCAAGACAAUUCAAAGUGAAAGCAGUAAUAAAUUGCCUGAAGAGAGCACCACGAAUUAAUACAAUAAUGCAUUGUGCGCAUAGUGCAGGCUACAGUCUUUGACUACUAAGGAGCUAAGUUAAUUUAUAGUAAUUUAAAUAUUUUUUGCAGAGGUCUGUCUGUCUAAGAGUAGAAAAUACCACCAGUAGAGAUUGCAAAUUAGCGUGAUGGGAACUACAUGCCCCACAUUGCAUCCCUUUGCGCAAACUCACAUCGGCUCUACACCAUGGCAGACCAUAAGUGGACGGGCUCUGUUAAAAGUCUUAAAGGUGUGAUUUUAGACAUGUGUGGUGUAUUGUAUGACAGUGGAGAGGGUGGAGGUGUACCGAUUUCUGGAUCCGUUGAAGCUGUGAAAAGACUGAAAGAGUCAGACCUGCAGUUACGUUUCUGCACCAAUGAGACCCAAGCUACGCGUGAGAAGUUCGUUGCUAAACUGCAGAGGAUGGGGUUUGAGCUGUCUGUCAGCGAGGUGUUCUCUCCUGCUCCAGCAGCUGUGUCCAUCCUCAAAGAGCGGGGUCUCAAACCCCAUCUCCUGGUGCAUGAUGAUUUAGUGCCAGAGUUUGACAGUGUGGACAAGAUGAAUCCCAACUGUGUGGUCAUAGGAGAUGCAGCAGACAAGUUCUCCUAUAAAAACCUGAAUGACGCAUUCCAGGUUCUUAUUGGGAUGGAGAAACCUGUGUUGUUCUCUCUGGGACGAGGACCUAGUGAUGAAAGACACCCGACAGUCACCGCCGAUGGUUAUGUGGACAACCUGGCCGCUGCUGUGGACAUCAUACUGAGGCAUAGGAGUCAGUGAGGACCCCAGCAGGAUAUAGACUUCUAUGGUGCCUCAGCAAUGCAAUAGUGAAACACAAGAGUUUAGUUGCAAAGAAGUAAUUGGUACUGUAUUUGAUGUAGAUAUAAUUAGCACUUUUAAUCUCUGAUCCAUCAUCAACCAUUGAUGGAGAAAUCUCACUGUGAAACGUCCCAGUGUACCGGUCAUCACAUAAUGAAUGAACUCCGAGCACUUGUAAUGGUAUAGUUUUGGAAUUAUGUUAUUUUCCUUUUUAUUGUAAUUGUUUGUGUUAAUUGAGCACAUCAGUACACCAGCCAUAUAUACUGCAUGUAUACAGUACUGUCAUCAACAUUUGCCUGUGACCUCUGACAACAGAAGUGCUAACAUUGUGUGCCAUAAUGAUGACAUAAUUACUUACCGAUAACACACAGGUUUUGUGAAGUUGCAGACAUGACAUAAGUUAUGAUCCCAUUGUAGGAAUAGGAAGGCCUGGUUUGUGUAGAACAGAUCCAACUGUUGAAAAAGCCCAGUAGGGGACAUAGGAACUGUGAAAUGUACUGAAAAGAGUUUAGCUUUACUUACUGUGAUUUAGGAAUACACUCAUAAUUUGUCAGUUGGUGUUUAUAUGAACAAUAAUUAAACAACAAUUAAAGACA